AUGGAGAAUGAAACAGUCAAUAUUGAUGUUCUACAGCUGGAGGGCUUAAAGGUCAGCCCAGAGUCCUCCAUUCCUGUCUUCAUCCUCUUCCUCCUCAUCUACAUCUUCAUCAUGGUGUCCAACAUUGGCCUCGUAGUCCUGAUCUUCACCGAGAAGAGCCUCCACCAGCCCAUGUAUCUGCUCUUCUGCAACAUGAGCAUUAAUGAUGUUUUGGGGGCCACAACUGUCAUUCCUCGUUUGCUGAGUGACGUUUUUGUUCCGGGCACUAACCGGUCCAUCCUUUACAUCGACUGUGUCAUUCAGGCCUUUUGUUCUCACCUUUACGGAGGCACCUCACACACUGUGCUCAUGAUCAUGGCUGUUGAUCGAUAUGUGGCCAUCUGCAACCCUCUGCGAUAUGCCACCAUCAUGACUAAGAGGAUGGUGGUGAAGCUGUCGGUGUCGGCCUGGGCAGUGACCUUUGUCUUGGUUGCCAUCGCUGUAGGCCUCAGCGUGCGCCUGUCCCGCUGCAGGCGGGUUGUCUUCAACCCGUUCUGCGACAACCCCUCCUUAUUCAAGCUGUCCUGUGAAAACCUUAUUAUCAACCACAUCUACGGAUUGAUCACUGCAAUGGGGAUGCUGUUCGUGUCCCUGUGCAGCGUAAUGCUCACCUACAUGAGGAUCGCCAUGGUGUGUUUAAGCAGUAAAAACAAGGCUCUGAACAGCAAAGCGCUGCAGACCUGCGCCACCCACCUGGCUGUGUACAUCAUCCUGCUUGUGUCAGGCAGCAUCCUCAUCAUCUUCCAUCGUUUCCCUCACUUAUCAGACAAAAGAAAGCUGGCAUCCAUCUUGGUCCACGUGGUCCCUCCUGCCAUGAACACUGUUAUAUAUGGAGUGCAAAUCAAAGCGGUCAGAGAAAUUGUAAAUAAAUGUUGA